GUGCCAGCCAACUGGCUAUAACCGGAAAGGUGCUGUUCCUCUUCCCGGUGGGGGCACAAGGUGGCUCACCCUCCUCUACAGUUCCUGAGGGGUGCUGAUUGCCUACAGGGCUUCAGACCAGCUGCUGGCCUCCACUUACCGUCUUGACGGAGCAACACUGAAAUCCACAGGGUAUGCUCGCCCUAGAGUGUGAUCUGAGCCAGGGAAAAGGGAAGCCUCUGCUGUCUGCCUUUGAGGUGGACUAGAAGGAAGGACACUGAUAUUUUAGGAGGGAAGGAACAUGAGGUUCCCUUGGAGAUCAUUCAAGAGGAAGAUAGAAGGAGCCAUUUAAAAUAGAGGAAAACUGUAGGCUGCAAGACUGGGGCCAGAGGGCUGGCAGUGGAAAACUCUGUUGGGUUGUGAUCUCUCACUGAAAAGUCCCAAGUGCCUUUUUGCUUCCUGCAAAAGGAAGGAAGACAAGGAGGAAACCAUGUCCAUAGCCCUGAAGCAAGUGUUCAACAAGGACAAGACCUUCCGGCCCAAGAGGAAAUUUGAACCUGGCACACAGAGGUUUGAGCUGCAUAAACGAGCUCAGGCAUCCCUCAACUCAGGUGUGGACCUGAGGGCAGCUGUGCAGCUGCCCAGCGGGGAGGACCAGAAUGACUGGGUGGCUGUGCAUGUGGUGGACUUCUUCAAUCGCAUCAACCUCAUCUACGGCACCAUCUGUGAGUUCUGCACUGAGCAGACCUGCCCCGUGAUGUCAGGGGGUCCCAAAUACGAGUAUCGGUGGCAGGAUGACCUCAAGUAUAAGAAGCCAACUGCACUACCGGCUCCCCAGUACAUGAACCUGCUUAUGGAUUGGAUUGAAGUCCAGAUCAACAAUGAGGACAUAUUUCCAACAUGUGUUGGUGUUCCCUUCCCAAAGAACUUCCUUCAGAUCUGCAAGAAGAUCCUGUGCCGCCUUUUUCGGGUCUUCGUCCAUGUCUACAUCCACCACUUUGACCGGGUCAUUGUGAUGGGUGCGGAGGCUCACGUCAACACCUGCUACAAACACUUCUAUUACUUCGUCACGGAGAUGAACCUCAUAGACCGCAAGGAGCUAGAGCCCUUGAAAGAGAUGACAACCAGGAUGUGUCACUAACAUUCCACCUCAUCUUCCGGAAGAAAGGAGCACUGUUUCUCCCAGGAGUCCCCAUGGGACAGGAAGUGGCCCUCCCCGGCUGAAACGGUCCCUACUUCCAGGAGCAGGAAAGCUGGAGCCCCACACGGACUUCUGAGAGAUGUCUCCUACCCACUUCGUGCGCUCUUAACCCUCUAAGUGCUGCUAGCCAGGGCUCGUGGGCCAGGCAGACCACAGCAUGAAGGACCAGCCUUGCCGCCUUAGGCUGAGGACGGUGCGGGAAAGGCCAUUGCACUUCCCCACAUCGUACUUCUGCCUGUGACCUGCCCCCUAGGCUUCACUGGAAUUCAGGUUUUGAGACUGAGAGGUUUUUUGUCUUUGUUGUUCUUUUCCACUUAUGUCUUACCAGACGUCUUGACUAACUUCUCUGUCAUUUAUUUUUCUAAGUACCAAGCAAAUUUGGGGAAUACCAUAUAAGCAGUACCUUUUCCUAUCCCACCUCUCCUCCAGUCCCUGCGGACCGGCUCUGGGCCUGUGGCUUAACCUUGUAUGGGGCUCGGAGCUGGGAGGGGCCUGCACUUCUCCUGGCAGCGUCCAUGGCAUUUCCCUCAUAGGCGGUUUCACCAGGGACCACCCGAUGGGGUGCGUGAUCUGUGCCCCAGGCAGGCCAUUCACAUGCUCACCACUGGGGAGAGCCUGGGACUGGAAGUGAGCUGGUGCAUUACCACUCGGCCCUGGUCAGGAUGGAUCCUAACAGUCAUUUCUAAACUCUUCCAUGAAGAUGUACUUUCCCAUUUCCCAGAAGAGAGAAAGAAAGUUACAAAUGACCCCUGGGAUCUUGAGCCAGAUCAGUGCGGUGUUUGUUCUCCACUGAGGGGUAGUGAGUCCUGGCUACCCAGACAUAUCACAGUGCUAGGAUUUCAGUGACAAGACCAGACAGUUGGUAUUUGGUACAUGGGGAUCAAAUACACUUGUCUUGUAGCCUCCCCAGCUUGACCCCAGAGCUUCUGAACUCAGCUGAUGUUUUCUCUCCUCCCAUUCUCCCUUCCUCGGAUCCCUGGUUUCCCUCCCUGUCCCAUCCCUUCUCUCUCCAUUUCUUUAUCAUUCUCUCUUCUCUAUGAUCUCCUCUCUUUCUCCUCUCCCCACCUCUCUGUGUAGGUUUCUCUCUCUCUCCCUCUCCCCCCACCCCGCCCCAUCUCCUGUGUUAUAUGAUGACACAAAGUUCAUGUCUGUCUAGUGGGUGUGCUGCAGUCGCUAAGGUCUCCCUUCUAUCCGUUCAAUGUGUCCCUUCCAGCAGUCAGAAUAACCAUUCUGUGUUAUCUCCUGCCUUUGGAAGCCUUCAUGAAUGAAAUGUUGCCUUCUCUGAUUCAUUCACAAAACUGUGGUUCUGACAGAUUGACUAAGAAGUACUCAUACUUCCCAUGAUAUCUGACUUUAAUAAAGUGUGUAUUGGUGGAGGGAAGUAGAUAUGAAUGUACUCUUGCAGUUAAUGUAAUAACAAAAGGUGACUAAGCUAGUCUGAUGUUAUUUAGUAUAUAUUACUAUGUUAAAGCCGUUUGUGACUGCCACAAAAUCCUAAAAAGUGUGACUUAUUUGCCUAAUGAUGAAAAGACUGACUGUAUGGGCAGUGACAUUCUACAUGAUGGAACUAUGCUUAGAACAACCCUUACUUCCUGUCUCAUGGAUGUUGUCUUAUGAAACCCAACACUGCUACUUCUCUGAUCUACAGGAACUUUCUCUUUUCUCCCUAAGUAACCUUUAGAGACCAAGAUAGGCAAUUUGGCCUAAAAGCGUAUCUGGCUAAGGGUCCAGAGAGACCAAGCCCUGAAUUCCUGACCUAGGCAAUGCACAGUAGUAACACACUUCAUGGGUGUGCGGGAGGGUGGCAAUGAGACAUGAUAGGCCAUGGCCUUGGGGAGCCUCUGCUGCCUUGAACUUGACCAACUGCAGGACUCAUGCGGUAGGAAGUUGAGUGUGUGCCAGCAUUCCAGUAAUGCUCAGCCCAUGGGGAAGCCUGACUCUGAAGGCAUUUGGCAUUUAUCUCCAGUUAUUUUCUAUCAAUUGUUUGUGUAUGUGAAAUUUCUAUCCAGCUUUAAAAAUUCUAAAUAUUUUUUUAACUUCUUAGAAUGAUUUUUCUCUGGCUUGUAUUGUUAAUUGCACUAAUCAGCUCUUGGAGGAAAGUCUAGACAAUUGCUCUGCCUUUUUAAAGUAUAAGGUGUUCAUAUUUCUACAGAACUUUGUUUGGCAAAUUCUAAAGAAAAAUCUUCCUGGGCUGUUUCUAAGCCUUUGGCCUGCCCGUGUCUUCCAUACAUCUGUCUUGUGAAUAGGAGAUCCUCACAGCCCCUAGGACAGCUCCAGGCCUGUUUCUUUCUCCUAACCUUGUUCUUGUACAUUUAUUUUAACUCUGGGAAAAUUCACAAUUGAAAGAUUCCGAGCACCCUAUGUCCUUUAAAUGUAGCGAGUGUCAGCACAUCGUCUUGUUUCUUUCUCACUGUAUAUGCACUCAUGGCUGAACCAUCAAAAAACCAAAUUACAGUCAUCAUAAAGUUUUAAAAGACGUUAUCAUGCCCUCCUGUUAGCAAUGAAAACAUUAUCCUAUCCAGCUUCAGCGUCAUCAGCUCCAAGAGCCUGAAACAAUGUUCAAAUUCUGCCUCAAAAAAUUUUUUGUAGUUGACUUUUCUUUUAAAAAAAUCUAGGAUAUAAUCAAAACCUACACAUUGUAUUUAACUGUCUUCAUUUCCACCAAUAGAUUAUCAUUUCCUCUCUCUCUCUCUCUCUCUCUCUCUCUCUCUCUCUCUCUCUCUCUCUCUCUGUGUGUGUGUGUGUGUGUGUGUGUGUGUGUGUGUGUGUGUGUGUGUGUGUUCUGUCUUUUAUGACUGGCAUUACUAAAGAACCUAAGUUGAUUUGUUGAUUUGUUUAUGGGAUAUGCCCACAUUCUAGAGGAUUAUAUUCUUCUCAUUGUGAGAUUUAGGAUAACAUGUCGAGGGUAAGAAUUUCACAAUGAUGAUGUAUUCUCCUUACAUCAUGUUAGAAAAUGUGAAUGUCUGAUUGAAGAUUAAUCAGUGGGCUCAGGGGUUAUCUGCCUGAGCCAAUUCAUAAUUCAUCAUUAAACUCUGAGGUUCAACACACACACCAUUUAUGGAAUAUGAGUUCAACAUGUAUACUUCACUCCUUCAUGUUAUCAGAAGUCCACACUCCCCAACAUUAAAUCCUUUGCUGUGGAAGGUAAAGCAGUGUGAAAGGAGUCUGUCCUUUCCACUUAAGAUGAAAAGGAGCAGGAAUUUUUCAUUUGCAAACAAUACAUAAGAAUGCUGGUUCAUGGAAGUGUGUAUGAGCCUACAGCCAGAGGUAAAGUGUGCAUGCGUGUAUGCACGUGUACAUGCGUGGGUGCGUGAGAGGGUGCUGUGUGUGUGUGUGUGUGUGUGUGUGUGUGUGUGUGUGUAUGUGUGUGUGUGUAUUUCUUUAGUGACUUCCCAUUCAGACCCCUCGUUUACUCGUUGAGCUCAGCUCAUAUGUUAUGAGACAGUGUCUCUUUACAUAGUUCUGGGUAUCCUGAAACUCACUCUGUAGGCCAGGCUGGCCUUGAACUCAGAGAGAUCAUCCUGCCUCUGCUUUCUGAGUGCUGGGAUUAAAGGCAUGUACCACUAUAUCUGACUAUUCAUGCAUUCUUGUUGAGGGUGAGGUGACUACUAAUGAUUUUGGGGAGGCAAACAUCUUAACUUUCACAGUAGGUUGUGCCUCUGCAAAAGAGAUGAUUAGGAAUGAAGUAUUUUUUUUUUAGAUCUUGAUAAUUUCAAAUAAACAACAUAUCCACAAGCCUGGGCACACUGUGAGAUCACAAGCCACACAUUUUUAUCCUAAUAGAUAUGGAUGUCAACCAUCUUAGUAAGAUAUUUCCAAUCUGCCCUCUGGGGUAAAAGUUUGAACUUGGGAUGCACUGAAGAAACAGAACAUUUGUCCUCCCAAUUCUGUCCCCAAAGUGACCUACAAGCACCUCCUCCAGGCCUCCCUUGCCUCUGGCUUCCUUUUAGGUUCAGCCAAUUGGUGGCAGCCGGACAAAGCUCUUCCUUCAAACAAUAAUGGAAAGGAUGGAUUGAAUUACUGAUCUAGAGUCUUUUUCUGCUCCUUAGACUGUUGAUUUGCUCUUCUUACUGCCUUUUUUGAGUGUCUUCUUACUGCUUUUUUUCAGAGCUAGGAUGAAUGGAAGGAACUUUAGAGAUUCCUAACUUAUUCUUCCUUUCUCCCAAUCAUGCCAGCAACAUUUCAGGUAGAACCUGUUCUCCUUUUACAGAUAUUCAGGUAUAAAAGUUCUACAGAAUCCUCUGUGUGACCCACUUAAACUCCUAUCUAAUCUUCUAUCCAACCCAGGCCACAUAGUCCCCUCGAGCUCCAGGCUUUUCUCAUGCCCUGUAUUUGGAAGGUCCAGAGACUGUACAGCAGCAGCACAUGCUUAACAAAGAACAUCAUUUGCACAUUCAUGAACUGUCUGAAGACUAACCCAGCCGUCCUUCAGCCUUCCUUCAAAAUCGUCCCUGCUGAGGCAUCCUCUCAGAAGUUUGCCAUUCUACCAUUAAGCAUGUCUAUAGUUGAGCUAGAAACUCCUCCAAAGCUCUCCCUGUGUCUGUGGUAUAGACACUGCACACUGUGAAUCUGAUAAGGUAUCUCAUGCCUCCUCCAGACCCUGCUGUGUUUCUUCUAGUCUUGCUAUAAGAGAAAUCUUUGGAUUUUCUUCCCUAUUUUAGUUGACUAUAUGAAACUCUAACCAGGUUAUGUUGAGCGAUUCCAAAUUUCCUUUCUUCCUACUGUUAACAUCUUUCAUCACAACACGCUGGAUUUGGUUGAAAUUUUCCUUAACUAGAAAACAUUAAGGAAUUUGAUUUAUGCCAGUCCACCAUUUACCCAGUCCAUUGUCGCUGGUGAAAGCACAUCAUUUCCAAUCUCUUAGCCUAAAUGAUACCAUGCUAAAAAAAAAAAAAAAAAAAAAGAAAUACAGCAUGUCUUCAAGAAAUGGCAGAGGCAUCAUUUGGAUAAUAAUGUCAUUCUGGCUUUGAUUAUUUUGACUUUAAUUCCUGUCUAGAAUUAGCCAAACAAAGUAUAUUUUGGAAGUAAUGAUUUUUUUCCUGGUUUUAAAAAUGUUUAUUAAAAAAACUUUUAUAACAAGCUAUUUUCCUCUGGGCAAUAUUAAAUAUGGGUAAAAAAUUUUCAAUGAUAUGUAAAAAUUUGUGUAACAUAGAAGGUGAGUCAUUUCUAAUGAAGCAAGCUAUUUUACUAGCUUCUAGUAUUCUACUUUCCAAGUUUUCCUGUUUCUUUUUUAAGUACAUCUGAAAAAUGUUAACUAUAUUUUCAUUCCAUUUGUGAUUCAGUUAAGGGUUUGACUGUAAGAAAGCAGACUAACAUAAUUAAAUCAAUUAGAAGAGCUAGAUAAAUCUAAAGAAUAUUUAUGGAAUAAAUUUGUGUGUGAGCUUAAGGAUUCAAAUGUCAUGAAUAAAAGCUAUAUAGCCA